AUGGAGUUCGACGACGAUUUCUUCGACAACUUUCACACCAUCCACGAUCACGAUUUCCUCGCUGAUAUCAUCCUCACGCCCACCGCCGCCGCCUGCUCUUCCGAGACCAAAAGCUAUCACUCCGUCCACAACAACACUUCCUUCCUCCCCAACGCCUUAGACGCCGCCGUUUUGUCACCUUCCAAACGCCCUCGCUUUUCCUCUCCCAGGACUUACAUUCUCUCCUUCGAUAACUCAACCGUCGUACCCGCCACACCCCAACCCUCUCUCCCUUCUUCUCCCCCUUUACCCGCUGAACCUCAUGGGGGCCCACGCCCCACUUCCCGGCCCAAUUCCAAGAGGGCCCGAACCUCUUCUCAGACUGUCGAUCACAUUAUGGCCGAGCGACGAAGAAGGCAGGAACUCACCGAGAGGUUCAUUGCACUCUCGGCCGCCAUUCCCGGCUUGAACAAGACAGACAAGGCUUCUGUGCUGCGAGCAGCGAUCGAUUAUGUGAAACAACUUCAAGGGAAGGUACAAGAGCUAGAGAAUCAAAACAAAAAGAGUACAGCAGGGACAGUAAUAUUGUUGAACAAAACCGAUGCAAAUGGAAAUGAAGACACCACCAACUCCACUGAAACGAACUGUAGCAUACUUCCGGAGAUGGAAGCAAGAGUGUUGGGGAAGGAGGUGCUCAUUGAGAUCCACUGUGAGAAAGAAUACGGUGUUGAGCUAAAGCUAUUAGACCACCUUGAAAAUCUUCAUCUCUGUGUCACCGGAAGCAGUGUCUUGCCAUUUGGGAAUUCCGCCCUCUGCAUUACCAUCACAGCUCAGAUGGGUGAGGCGUACCGUAUGACAGUGAAUGAUCUUGUGAAAAACCUUAGACAAGUGCUCUCAAAGUCACAUGUGCUAAGCGACAGUGAUCCGUACUAG